UUUACCGUUCGAGUUUCGUAGGAAUAUGAAUACUGUAUGAACGACAUUAAAAGUGUUUUUGAUUUUGUUUUCUGUGGAUAAUGGAUUGACCAAACUUGCCGAAUGAAACCUCCUUGCAAAUAUCGAAAAACUUCAUCACAACAGGGGCAAUGUCAGAGCCUUGGGACCAAUUUGCUGCCUUCCAACAGGCCUUCUACCAUCACCAAUGGGCAACAUAUUGGUGGAACAUCUAUACAUCGCAGCGUAGGUUUUAUGUACCAAAUAUGGGCUGCGAAUGUGAUGACAGACAGAAUGCCGGCCCUUUGGCCAACACUUGUGAAUGUUACCAAGACUACUUAUAUUAUGGUGGUAGUGUAUAUGGUUGUUCAAGUUGGUGUGAUGAUGAUUACUACGGAAUUUUUCAUGACAAUUCCUGGCAAAAUCAGAAAAACCAUGGGAGCGUAGACGAGCCUAGAAUUCAACAAAGAUGCCAGGAGCAGUGUGAAAUGGAUGUUAUAGAAGAUGGCACAGCAAACAGUGAGGAUGAAGGUUUACAAGUAGAUGAAGCCUUCAGAAAAUUCCUGGAACAAUCAGCAAAGCACAGACAAGAAAGAGACCAAAAGAAGAAGACACCUUCAAAAGAAGAUGACUAUGUUGAAGUUGGGAGUCUACAUUUAAACACCAGUGUGCUACCUCCAUCUGAACAACCUGGCAUGAGGAGGAAAGAAGAGAUGCGUAGACUGUAUGGAGCUAAGGCUUCUCUUAUCAUGUCCCUAGAGGUUUCAGUACAGCUCUGCUAUGAUAGACACUGUGACACAAGGCAGCCAGUUUACUGGCCAAGUAUCCCAUUGAAGUUCUGAUUGUAUGUUAAUAAAAAUGCAUUUUGGUGCCAGAGUUUUGAUAAUUAAAGCACAUUUGUUUAUGUCA